AUGAAGAACCUAGCUGCACUCAUUACCGGCACCGCUCUGUUGCUGGAGAGCGUGUCUGGUCACUAUAUUUUCCAAGCCUUCGCCCCCGGUUCGGCAAAGGGCGUUGCCUAUGAGCACGUCCGCCGCAACACUAAUUACAAUUCGCCGGUUACUGACCUGUCCUCAAACGACCUUCGCUGCAAUGUCGGCGGAGCCACCGGCGGCAACACUUCGACCAUUGAAAUCGCUGCCGGGUCGCCGUUCACGUUUUCUCUUGACACAGCGGUUUAUCACCAGGGUCCCAUCUCGGUGUAUAUGUCCAAGGCUCCCAGCACUGCUGCUGAAUACGAUGGAAGCGGCGCCUGGUUCAAGACUUUCGACUGGGGUCCAAGCUUCUCUGGCGGCCAGGCCUCAUGGACCAUGAAAGAUACCUACACCAGCACCGUUCCGAAGUGUAUCCCGGCGGGCGAAUACCUCCUCCGGAUCCAGUCGCUGGCUAUUCACAACCCUGGUGGCACGCCUCAGUUCUACGUUUCUUGUGCCCAAGUAAAGGUUACUGGAGGAGGCUCGACCACACCUUCAACCACCACCAAGAUCCCAGGAUUCAUCAAAGCUACUGACCCAGGCUAUACUGCCAAUAUCUAUAACAACUUCAAGUCGUACACAGUCCCUGGGCCAGCUGUGUUCUCUUGCUGA